GUGUGGGUCCGGAGUCACUUCCCUUUGGGUUGAAGUCGCUUUGAGGCUGCUCCCCGUCCCCGGCCUUUUGCUUCUUCCUCCCGCUUAAAACCUUUUCCUGACCCCCUCCUCCAGCCCCGGGCUUUUUAAAGUCUUCACCCAAGAGGUGUAUUCCCGUCCUGGGUGCAUCCCAGCCUCUCCCUCGUCGGCCCCUGGAGCGCAGCGCCGCAGCUGCAGCCGCAGUCCCGGGGAGCCUGCGUCCUCUGCCUGGUCCUGGGAUCCUGCAGACCCCACCACCCCCCUCCUCCUCGUGCCGGGCCCCGUUGCUCCCCAGGCCUCCCCUGAGCCCGCGUUGAGGAGGUGGUCAGGGCCUGUCCUGUGACACCUGGUGUUCUUGCCUGUCCCCCUCCACCCCCUGGAAAAUGCGCUCCUCCAGGAUGCAGGCGUCUUACCCUAAACCCUCCUGUGAAUGUGUGGGCCAAAGGUAUCGGGAGACAGAGAGGGACGGAGAGAGCAGUAGAAAACCUGAGACAGAGGAAAGAAUGAGGGAAACCAAUAAACAGAUGGCAAAGUAGAGGAUGGUUAGAGAUUUUCAAAGAGACAGUAAGAGUGAAAGAAGAAGCCGAGAAAGUAGCAGAGAGAGAAAAGUAACUAGACACAUUUCGAGAAAAAGCACAGUAUCCAGAGAGAUGAAGGACAGCCAGGUAGGGAGAGGGGCAGCAAAGGAGGAGGCUCCUCAGACAGAGAGUGGGGGAGAGCAGAAAGGAUUUGGAGCCAGGGCAGACAGAGCAGUGUGGUACUGGGACAGCAAGAGGGGGCAGCCGAUGACAAGGAGAAGCAGAGGGAGAACCACAGCACGGGGAGGCCUGGGAUCUGGGGGUGCCAAAGAGUGGGGACAACGGUGUGUAACAGGGAAGAGGGAAUUUAACAGGGAGUGCUGAAAUGGGGAAGAAAGAGCCAGAAAUAUGUGGAGAUUGGGACAAUGAAAAGAUUAGGAAGAAAGAGGAAUUAAAUAAAUUGCAAGAAUGGAAAGAACAGGUGGAAGACAAAGAAUAGAGGGAAGAAGGGGAGAAACAGCAGGAGAGGAGAGGGACUCAAAAUGAGCAGAAUCCUAAGGAGAAAAUAAAGGGGAAGGAAAGAGCUAGAGAAAGAAGGUGUGAAUGAGAGCGAUGUAUGGAAUGAGGGAGGGAAACACACCGUAAUGAGGCAAGAGGGGGACCCCGGGUCCAGGUGAGUUGUGAAUUGGCUGGAUGUGAUGACUACGUUUUGACCUGUUGAUUUCUGUCUUUAUAAGUUUAAAAUACACAGAUGAUGAGAACUGCAAAACCCCUGUCUAUGAAGGCUGGUUGGUGCAUUUUAUAAUUAUGGCAUCAGAAGUUAGCUUCCACUUGCAAUCCCUGUUAAGGCAGAGGGAAGUGACUUGACUCAUUAAUCCCACAGGUCAUCCUCUUCCCCUUCCCUGGCAUUGGGUCAGGGGGAGGGGAAGGGGGAGUGGGAGAGUAAAGCUGGGCAGAAAGUAAAAGACUCUGUCACUACAUAGUGUCUCUCUAAAGCAGGGGUGUCCAAUCUUUUGGCUUCCCUGGGCCACAUUGGAAGAAGAAUUGUCUUGGGCCACACAUAAAGUACACUAACACUAACAGUAGCUGAUGAGCUAAAAAAAAAAAAGUUGCAAAAAAAUCUCAAAAUGUUUUAAGAAAGUUUAGGAAUUUGUGUUGGGCUGCAUUCAAAGCCUUCCUGGGCUGUGGAUUGGACAACGUUGCUCAAAAGGAACAUUAAAAGUGUUGAGUCUGGGCAUGGUGGCUCAUGCCUGUAAUCCCAGCACUUUGGGAGGCCAAGGUGGGUGAAUCAUGAGGUCAGUAGUUCAAGACCAGCCUGGCAAAGAUGGUGAAACCCCAUCUCUACUAAAAAUACAAAAAUUAGCCAGAUGUGGUGACACGCGUCUGUAAUCCCAGCUACUUAGGAGGCUGAGGCAAAGCAUUGUGUAAACCCGGGAGGCGGAGGUUGCAGUGAGCCAAGAGCCGAGAUCUGGUGACAGAGCAAGACUGCGUCUCAAAAAAAACAAAGAACAAACAAAAAAAGUGUUGUUGCUUUUUGUAAUUGAUUUGCUUUUUUUCUUACUAAUUCCCUUUCAUCUCAUGUAUAGUUCAUUUUGCAACUUGAGAUAGAUCUUCAUUAAUUCAGUUUCUAUUUUUCUGUAUAUAAUUAUUUCCAAAGUAACUUUGGUGGCAUCCUAUAAUCAGCUCAUGUCAUUUUCUAAAUAUAAUGUGUUUUCAAUUUUUUUAGCUCCAAAAUUCAUCAGAUAUUUCUUAACAAUUUCAAAAUCUUUCCCUUUGAAAUUAAUUGUGUCCAGUUUUGAUAGAGGUCUGCAUGCUUUCUGCUCUUUAUUAUAUAAUAGAAGCAUUAUUUGUUGACUAGUAGGUGAUUUUAGAUUGUUUCAAUGUGUACUUGAUAAAGAUGUCAAUGAUGUUUUUACCUUAACAUGGAAACCUAGUUUAACUAGUCUAUUAUUCAAUUUUCUUCUUUUGUGUAAUUUGUUAAAAUAGUAAGCUGUGAGCUGCAUUUGGAACCAAUGUGAUAAAACCUUGAAGAAGUUUCUUUUGCUCAGAUAUGUGAAAGAAGGUCUGGGAAUUUUCUUUUUUUCUUUUCUUUUUUUUUUUUUUUGUGAGCUGGAGUCUUGCUCUCUCACCCAGGCUGGAGUACAGUGGCGCAAUCUCGGCUCACUGCAACCUCCGCCUCCCGGGUUCAAGCGAUUCUCCUGCCUCAGCCUCCUGAGUAGCUGGGAUUACAGGAACAGGCCACCACACCCGGCUAAUUUUUGUGUUUUUUGAUAGAGAUGAGCUUUCAUCAUGUUGGCCAGGCUGGUCUCAAACUCCUGGCCUCAAGUAAUCUCCCCUCCUUCGGCCUCAAAGUGCUGGGAUUACAGGCAUGAGCCAACAUGCCUGGCCAGUCCUGGAAUUUUCUAAGGGAGAUGUGAUAAAGACAAACAUAGCCCAUUGGCCCUUCCAGGUCGUGACAUCAUAAUUCAGCCACAUCUCCUCCUUCUCACUCAACUCAGACCUCUCAGGAUAACUUGGUGAAAUGACUCCCUCUCUCAGCCUCAGUGAGCCCACCUGUAACAUAGAGAUAAGGGAGUAGACCAGAAAACUUCAAUCAUUGACUUCCAAAGACUCUUGGCACGUGAGGAAGAAACCCAGAAGAGGAGAGCAAAGGAGUCAGGAAUGGCUUUUACUCAGUUGACAUUCAGGGACGUGGCCAUCGAAUUCUCUCAAGAUGAGUGGAAAUGCCUGAACUCUACACAGAGGACUUUAUACAGGGAUGUGAUGUUGGAGAACUACAGGAACCUGGUCUCCCUGGAGUAUUAUCCUAUGUGGGAGCACAGGAAAGAGCCCUGGACCAUAGAAAGCCAAGUACAAAUAGCAAGAAAACCAAAAGGGUGGGAAUGGAUCAAAGGUGUGAAAACAGAUCUGUCUCGUAACUGUGUAAUCAAGGAACUAGCACCACAACAGGAAGGUAACCCAGGAGAAGUAUUCCACACAGUGACAUUGGAACAACAUGAAAAACAUGACAUUGAAGAGUUUUGCUUCAGGGAAAUCAAGAAAAAAAUACACGACUUUGACUGUCAGUGGAGAGAUGAUGAAAGAAAUUGCAACAAAGUGACUACGGCCCCAAAAGAAAAUCUUACUUGUAGGAGAGACCAACGCGAUAGAAGAGGUAUAGGAAACAAGUCUAUUAAACAUCAGCUUGGAUUAAGCUUUCUACCACAUCCCCCUGAACUGCAGCAGUUUCAAGCUGAAGGGAAAAUUUAUGAAUGUAACCAUGUUGAGAAGUCUGUCAACCAUGGUUCCUCAGUUUCACCACCCCAAAUAAUUUCUUCUACCGUCAAAACCCAUAUUUCUAAUAAAUAUGGGACUGAUUUCAUCUGUUCUUCAUUACUCACACAAGAACAGAAAUCAUGCAUUAGGGAAAAACCUUACAGAUAUAUUGAGUGCGACAAAGCCUUGAAUCAUGGCUCACACAUGACUGUACAUCAGAUAAGUCAUUCUGGAGAGAAACGAUAUAAAUGUGAUCUAUGUGGCAAGGUCUUUAGUCAAAAAUCAAACCUUGCACGUCAUUGGAGAGUUCAUACUGGAGAGAAACCAUACAAAUGUAAUGAAUGUGACAGAAGUUUCAGUCGCAACUCAUGCCUUGCACUACAUCGGAGAGUUCACACUGGAGAGAAACCUUACAAAUGUGAUGAAUGUGACAAGGUCUUCAGUCGAAAUUCAUGCCUUGCACUACAUCAGAAAAUUCAUAUUGGAGAGAAACCUUACACGUGUAAAGAAUGUGGCAAAGCCUUUAGUGUGAGGUCAACACUUACCAGCCAUCAGGUAAUUCAUAGUGGCAAGAAACCUUACAAAUGCAAUGAAUGUGGCAAGGUGUUCAGUCAGACUUCAAGCCUUGCAACUCAUCAGAGAAUUCACACUGGGGAGAAACCAUACAAGUGUAAUGAAUGUGGUAAAGUCUUCAGUCAGACUUCAAGCCUUGCAAGGCAUUGGAGAAUUCAUACUGGAGAGAAACCUUACAAAUGCAAUGAAUGUGGUAAGGUUUUCAGUUACAAUUCACACCUUGCGAGUCAUCGGAGAGUUCAUACUGGAGAGAAACCUUACAAGUGUAAUGAGUGUGGGAAAGCCUUUAGUGUGCAUUCGAACUUAACUACCCAUCAGGUCAUCCAUACUGGAGAGAAGCCUUACAAAUGUAAUCAAUGUGGCAAAGGCUUCAGUGUGCAUUCAAGCCUAACUACCCAUCAGGUCAUCCAUACUGGAGAAAAACCUUACAAAUGUAAUGAGUGUGGCAAAUCCUUUAGUGUGCGCCCAAACCUCACUAGACAUCAGAUAAUCCAUACUGGAAAGAAACCUUACAAAUGUAGUGAUUGUGGGAAGUCCUUUAGUGUGCGCCCAAACCUCUUCAGACAUCAAAUUAUCCAUACUAAGGAGAAACCUUAUAAAAGAAAUUAAUAUGGCAAGGUCUUCAGUCAAAGUUUAAAUCCUGUGAGUCAUCAAAGAAUUUAUACCAGAGAGAAACCAUACAAGUAUAAUAAAUGUGGCAAGGUUUUCAGUCACAAUUCACUCCUACACAGCAUCAGAGAAUUUCAUUCUUGAGAGAAUCCUUACGAGUACAGCAAACCCUUCAUCACAAGUUCAAGCAUUCAUUGACAUCAGAGUCCAUGCUGAAGAGAAAUCAUAUACACCUAAGUGUGUGGCAGAGGCUUCAUUUAGGUCUCACAACUCACUAGACAUCAAAAUGUGUAAACAUCUUUGUAUAUUUUGUGCAUGUUGAAGCUAUUAACCAAGGAUCAAAACUGUAACACAUCCAAGGAUUUAUGUGAGGAAUAAUUCAGUCUAGUCGUGCUGAUAAACUUUUCAUAUUACACAUUGUAGAACAAAUGCAAGCCCACAUGUGUUAAAACUCACACAACAUGAUAUAUAUUAAAGGUUGCAGGAUGUUUGAAGUCA